AUGGCCAAUCACCCUGGAGGAAGAAGAAAGAUAGUCAAAAUCAAACCCUUGGACAGGAACCUUGGUUAUGAUGGUUCCAACAUGCCUAUAGAAGAAUUCAUCAGCAAAUAUGAAGAAGCUGCAGAAACUGUUGGAGCAAGCUCUCAAGAUUUGGCCAGCCAGAUAUUGUUCUUUAUCAGAGGACCAGACCUGCAAGAUGAAGUGGAAGAAAUGCAUGGAUAUGAAGAAUGCAAUUGGGUCAACUUGAAGGAAGAAUUAACGUAUAGAUUUGGAAUUACUCUCACCCUGGAAGAAUGUGCUAGAGAGGAAUUGGUAGAUCUGGUCAGCUAUGUUGCAAACAUGGGUGGCAUCAGCACUCCAGAACCAUUCAGACAAUUCAUAUUACAAUUUGAACACAUUGCUCACUACCUAAUUGAAAAUGGAUACAAUUCCUUCAUGGAUGAAUUUGCAAAAUUAUUUUGGCAAUCCCUCAGCCCAGAAUUGGAAAGAGCCAUAUCUGAUCCACUUAUCUGGGAUGGUCACUUGGUUUUGGAUGGAAACUUUCACAUUGGAGAACUACCACCCUAUAAUCUAAUCCUGGAAUAUAUUACUAUGGAGUUUGAACAAAUGGAUAUCCUUCAAAAAGCACCUGGACAACCUGAACAACAAAUUCACCAACCCAAUCAGAAUUCUGAUACAGUAGCCCACAUGGAAGAAUAUAACUCAGAAGUUCAGUCACCACUUACAGAAAAGUCCUCCCCAGUUUUUUCUUCAACUCUGGAUGCCUUCCCCCAGACCUUAGACCACUCCCUGGAAACCCUGGAGAUCCUGGACAACAGAAAAACAGAACAGUUUGAAUCAGAAAGAGUAAUAUUCCAAGCAAAAAUUCAUCAUGGGAAAUUGUCACCAGGUACCAUGAUUGAAGAAAAUUGCUUCCCAGUAGCACCUGUAACCUUGGAGUUUCCCCCCCAGAUCCUUGAAACUUGCCAGAAGUUGGACUCCUUGGAUAAAAAUCAAACAGAAUACCUUGGGUUAGAAAGUGAGAUCUGUGCAGAAAAUAUCAUUCCACAAGAGAACUUACCAGUAGGACCAGUCAGCUUGGAAUCUUCCCCUCAGCUCAUUGCUAAUGGCCAACCACUGGCAACUUUGGAGCCCUGGGACAACACAGAAACAAAACACUUUGGAUCAGAAACAGAAAUCAUUUCAGCAAAAAAUCAUUCAGAAAUAUCCCUACCAGGUACCAUAAUUGAAGAAAAUUGCUUCCCAGUAGCACCUGUCACCUUGGAAUAUUCCCCUCAGCUCCUGGAAAAUGGCCCUCAGCUCCUGGAAAAUAGACAACAAUUGGAACCCUUGGAUUAA